CCGUUCCCAUGGCAGCGGCCGGGCCUCGGCGAGCGGCCGCCGCGGGAGGCGGCAAGAGCGGCUUGCCCCGGCAGGAUGGAGGACGAGGAGGAGAAGGAAGAGGGGGAGGAGAAGGAGGAGGAAGAGGAGAAGGAGGAGGAAGAGGAGAAGGAAGAUGAGGAGCCGCCUCCCUGUCCCCUGACGGAGGAACACCUCAAGGAGGGCCUCUCUCUCCUCAGUAAGACCGGCAACGGGCUGGCCCACGCCUAUGUGAAGUUUGAAGCCAAAGCCAAGGGCCUGACAGACAUCAGCCUCAUUGAACAUUUCAUUCACCUGCGGUAUGUGGAUUUGUCAAAGAACAAGCUGAAAGAUUUGGCCCCCCUGAGCAGCCUAACCCAGCUGCUUUGGCUGAAGGUGGAUAGGAAUCUGCUCACCAGUGCCAGCAUGCAGGAGCUGCCCUACCUCCAAGUCAUCAGCUUUGACCGCAACCGCAUCAUGGAUUUUGAGGGCAUUACUCACCCCCUCCUAACCAACCUCAGCCUGAAAGAAAAUAAAAUCGAGACAGUGCUGGGCCUGAGUCACGACCAUUUGUUCAGCCUGCAAGUCCUGGAGCUGCGAGGAAACAAGAUAAACACCACAGCAGGGCUCGGUGUUUCCAAGCUCAAGAAGCUCUAUCUGGCCAAGAACACGAUUUGCAGCCUUGAAGGCCUUGAGGAGUUUGAGCAGCUGGAGAUUCUGCACCUGCGUGACAACAAGCUUGAGGCCCUGGAUGGAUUCUCUGCUAGCAUGAGGUGCCUGCAGUACCUCAACCUACGGAGCAAUGGGAUCAAAAGCUUUCAGGAGGUUGGAAAACUGCAGGUGCUGCCCAUGCUGCAGGCCCUGGUGCUGAUGGACAAUCCGUGUGCUCAAGAACCCGAUUACCGGCUGCAGGUCCUGUCCUGGCUGCCACAGCUGCAACGCCUCGACAAGGAAACAGUUGAGGAAGAGGAGCAGGAAGAGGCCGAGAAAAUCCGUCAGACAAGGAAGGAAAAAGAAAAGGAAAUGCAAGAAUCUCUUGAGGAUACAGUGCCUGAGUGACCCGUUUUUAACACCUGUUCCCAGAGGCUGUCAAGAUGUAGUGAUGCCUUUCCCCGUUUGUGAGGCUGAGAAAGUGGGAGCUGUAGGUACCAGCUUCACCUCAUUUUACCCCUGGAGAAAAGAGGAGUGCUAUCCACCCUGGUCCUGGAAGCUACCCUGAGGCACUGCAGUGUUUUUGCAGUCACUGCACUGUGUUCUAUUCUCAUUGGGCCUGAGAGGGGAAAGGGGAGAGUUACAGGUCCUGUGGUUCAGUUUGAUUCCCAAAAACCCUGCAAGAUUUUCUGAUUUGAAUAAAAAUAAUUAAUGAGCCUG